CUCCUUCUUCGUUUUAAGUGAGUGCACCUAAAGAAAAGAAAAAUUACUGAACCAGUACUAGAGGAUGUACAAUGAGGUCCAGUGACAUGAGAGCGCUUUAGUUUUUCCUCAUGCACACGAGGGAAUGACAUGGAGGCGUCAGAGCUGGCGGAUUCACCAUCAUCUUUUAUGAACUGAGUUUACAAAUGAGCAGUAGCCUCCGGUCUGCGACAACUUCACGGCCAACACACGUCGGAGAAGACUUGUGAAGACCUUGAAAACCAGGAUGGACAUUUGAGACAAGUAGUAUUCACUUCAAGCGAUAAUAGAAAAAGGAACGUAUUUUGAGAUGCUAGCUGUUCCAGAAUCUUAUAGAGAUAGCUUCACUGGCUGACCAGUGGACCAAUGGGGCCGUCCCAAUUGUAGAUUUCUGAUUAAAUUGUUGUUCAGCUUAACUGGUUGAACCGGCCCUCUGUAACUGGGGAGGUUAGCAGGUUAGUAGCUUCAGUGUGUUACGUUGUCUAUGAACUAGGAGGAGUUUAUUUUAAUCUCUUUCUGGUCUCAAGAAGAGCUGAAGCUAUAAAUCUCAGCUCGCAAUUCCGAACUCCGGAUCGAGCAAAGAGGCACCUUGGGGCAAAACAAAAGAGAUGAGGAGGUCCUCUCUGCUUCUUCUGAUUGCCUUCCUCCACUCUUUUCUGCUGCAGAAAUCAGUUCUUGCUGCAAGAAGCAAGGUCUAUGUAGUUUACCUUGGCGAGCACUCGCAUGGCUCCAAUUUAUCACCUUGGGAAGCUUCUGAGCGAGCAAGGCAAUCUCACCAUCAACUAUUAGGCACAGUGCUGCAAGACAAGGAGAAGGCUAAAGAUGCAGUCUUGUAUUCUUACACCCACAAUAUCAAUGGCUUUGCAGCCUUCCUUGAGGAGGAAGAAGCAAUCGAGCUAUCAAAACAUCCUGGAGUCGUAUCAGUGUUCCCUAAUAGAAACUACAAGCUGCAUACUACUCAUUCAUGGGAAUUCCUUGGCCUGGAGAGAAAUGGCGAAAUCCUAGAUGAGUCACUGUGGAUGCAAGCCAGAUUUGGAGAAGACACCAUCAUUGGAAACCUUGAUACUGGUGUGUGGCCUGAGGCCCAAAGUUUCAAGGAUUAUGGUUCGGGACCAAUUCCAUCAAAGUGGAAAGGAAUCUGUCAGAAUGGCACUGAUCAAAGCUUUUCAUGCAACAGGAAGCUGAUCGGCGCCCGGUACUUCAACAAAGGUUACGAAGCCCUCGUCGGCCGGCUCAACGCCACCUUCCAAUCGCCGCGGGAUUACGACGGCCACGGCACCCACACACUUAGCACCGCCGCCGGCGCCUUCGUCCCAGGCGCCAACAUCUUCGGCUUCGGAAACGGCACCGCCAAGGGCGGCUCUCCCCGCGCCCGCGUCGCCGCCUAUAAAGUCUGCUGGCCGCCCGUCAACGGCAGCGAGUGCGCUGACGCCGACAUCCUCGCUGCGUUUGACGCCGCCAUCGGUGAUGGCGUCGACGUCCUAUCGGUGUCGCUCGGCGGGGACCCCGUCGAUUACUUUCAGGAUGGAUUGGCCAUUGGCGCGUUCCAUGCCGUUAAGAAUGGGAUCGUCGUUGUUUGCUCUGCCGGAAAUUCCGGCCCAAAGCUUUCCACCGUGUCCAAUUUGUCGCCUUGGAUGCUCACCGUGGGAGCUAGCACGAUGGACCGCCAAUUUCCCACAUUUCUUUCCUUUGGAGACAAGAGAAUUAAGGGAGAGAGUUUAUCUCCCAAGAAAUUGCCAAGGAAAAGACUAUACCCACUAAUCAGCUCCAAAGAUGCUAAAAUGGCCAAUGCAUCAGACCUACUUGCUAGCUUAUGCUACUUGGGUUCACUAGACCCAGGCAAAGCUAAGGGGAAGAUUGUCGUGUGCCUUCGUGGCAUCACAGCAAGAGCAGAGAAGGGGGAGGCAGUUUACCAGGCUGGUGGCGUUGGGAUGGUUCUUGCAAAUGAUGCAGACAACGGCAAUGAAAUAAUAGCAGAUGCACAUGUCCUUCCUGCAACUCACAUCAACUAUACUGAUGGUCGUUUUCUCUUUUCUUACCUCAAUUCCACCCGGUCGGUACUUGGUUACAUUACGAGUCCAAAGACAAAACUCGGAACGAAACCAGCACCGUUCAUGGCCGCUUUCUCUUCUCAAGGACCAAAUGUUAUCACCCCUGAGAUCCUUAAGCCUGAUAUUACUGCACCAGGGGUGAGUGUCAUUGCCGCCUACUCGAAAGCAGCUAGUCCUACUGGUCUUGUUUUUGAUAAGCGCCGUGUUUCCUUCAAUUCGGUGUCUGGCACUUCGAUGUCAUGUCCUCAUGUAUCUGGAGUUGUAGGUCUUCUGAGAACUCUACACCCCGAUUGGAGUCCUGCUGCAAUCAAGUCGGCAAUCAUGACUACAGCAAGAACACGAGAUAACAUGGAAGAGCCAUUGUUGAACUCGUCCUUCGUCAAGGCUACGCCAUUUGCCUAUGGGUCCGGUCAUGUGCAACCAAACCACGCUAUGGAUCCUGGAUUGGUUUAUGAUCUAACACCUCAGGAUUACUUGAACUUCUUGUGCUCCCUUCGCUACAAUUACACUCAAAUAGCAUUGUUCAGCAACGGAUCAUACUCAUGCCCGUCAACCCCACUUGAUGUCAAAGAUCUGAAUUAUCCUUCAAUCACCAUUCCUAAAUUGUCUAACUCCAGUAAGGUGACUAGAGUGGUGAAGAAUGUUGGAUCGCCUGGAACGUACUCGGUUCAACUAGUGGAACCAAGAGGUAUUUCAGUCAGUAUAAACCCUAGAACCCUCACAUUUAAGGAAGUUGGUGAUGAGAAAAGCUUUGAGGUUUCUUUCGCUUUGAAGGAUGGUAUAUCAUUCACAGACUAUGUUUUUGGCAGUCUCACUUGGUCCGACGGGAAACAUUAUGUCAGAACUCCUUUAGUUGUGAAGCCUUAGAUUUUAACAACUUUCCAGCAGUUUGUUUAUCUUUUUUUUUUCUUGUUCUAAUUCUUGUGCAAGUAAUUGAGUUCGAGUGAACGAACGAAUCAAGUUUAAUUGGAGUUUGAUGUCUUGUUCGAUGCUGGAUCCAGAAGCAAUAAAAUAGUUUUUUCCCCCUUA